AUGUUCAACUCCAAAGCCGAUAAGCCACCCAGAAAAUACAGAAUCAGUCGUCGUCAGCCGCCGUCGCUUUCUUCACUGCCUGACGAAAUCGUUGUUAAAUGCUUAGCCCUUGUCCCAAGAAGCUAUCACCUAAGCCUUUCAUGGGUCUCAAAAAACAUAAGAUCCCUUGUCCGCUCGUCUGAGUUCGAAGGAUUACGAUCCAUCCCUCACAAGAGCUCUCUCUAUGUAUGUUUCCAAGAAGACGACAUAACCUCCCAUUGGUUCACUCUCCGUCCAACCGAGGAAACAGCAACCACGGGGACAGAGUAUCGGUUAGUUCCAAACCCUAUUCCCUUCUCGCCUCAUAAGUACGGUUCUUCAACCGUCGUAGUGGGAUCAAAUAUCUACUUCAUCGGUGGAGGUGGAUCGAGACAACCUUCCACGGAUCUAUGGAUCCUCGAUACACAAUCUGGGAACAUCACUCAAGGACCAAGCAUGAGCGUGCCUCGAGAAAAAGCCGAAGCAGCGGUGGGAGUGAUCGACGGGAAGAUUUACGUCAUCGGAGGCGGAGUCUCAGACUACGAAAGGUUUCACGAAGAGAUCCAAGUAGAAGUAUAUGAUCUGAAAUCCGAAACUUGGAAGCUUGCGGGGAUGGAGAAAGUGCGUAAAACCUCACGGUGUAGCGCCGCGGUGGAGCGGAAGAUCUAUAUGGUGGAGUUCGAGGAGAUUAAUGUGUACAACCCGAGAAAAUGUGAAAGAAAACGUUUGGCUCUUAUGGUAAGCCAGAGACUCGAGAAAGGUGGAAGAAAAGAUAUGUUAAGUGAUACAGAGCUUUGCGUGUGUGUGGUGGAAGAUGUUCUCUAUGCUUUCUUUGACCGGAGUGGGAUCAUGUGGUUUAAUACAAAGCUCAAUGUGUGGAGGAGAUUGUUGGGUCCUGAUGGGGAGGAACUACCUUUUAUCUUACAUGCGGAGGCGAUGGCGGAAUACGACGAUGGGAAGCUUGUGGUUUUUUACAUUUUGCGUGACAAGGAUGUUCGGUGUAUGUUGGUCUCGCUGCAUAGAGCUGGAGACAUGAUUUGUGGGACGGUCGAUUGGUCUGGUUCUGUGGGUACAGUCCCAUAUUCAUCUAAUUUUCUGCAUUGUUUAGCUGUUUCCAAUUGA